GAACUCCUCACCCCGUCCACCUCACCUUGCCUUUCGCAGCAGUUGCGGUACGCAACGCGCCAACGCCCGUAUGCGCAUCCAGAGGCCAUUCCAGGGGUGCUAUGUAAUUGCUCCAUGGCCUUAGGACUGACAAGGCAGGUCACGUAAGAAACGGGAGGGUUUUCGUUCUCGUACCAACCAACCAACUGCACCGCCAAACCGCUCAUCCGCCGCUUUCGUUGGAGUGCUGCUGAUGCUGCUGUUCCACUGGUCUUCUUCUUUUCCCACCCACCCUGCUACCAUUUCCUCCCUCUCCUAGUUGCUUAGGUCGAAUCGAAUUCCUGUUUCCUCUUUGCUCGUCCGCACCCUGUCCUCUCCUUUUCUGCUGCUCUUCUUUUAACUGCUUUCCUCCCUCCCUUUCAUCAAAGAAGCGAGUGUGAGACCAAACGGUCAAUCCGGUUAUCAUUAGAAGUACGACUCGAGUAUCAAACUAUGUCGCUGGUCUGAGCCCAAAGUCGGAAAUCGGUCCCUCCCCUCAUCCAUAUCUCCUCAGAACAAUCAGGCCUCGACCCCGCUCAGCUUCGCACGCUUUCCCUCUCGUCUCCCCACCACCGCCACUCCCGCCGCGGACCGGACCACCUCUUGUCCCUCUCUACCCGCUUCAUCUCACGGCCUUUGGGAGACAACACUUUCAUUGUUGUGCCAUCACACAACCUGACAAAACUUGUUCGGGACCUUCACGACAUCAUGUUUGGCACAUACCCCGCCUUAGCAAACCUGCCAACCGCUGCCAAGAUCGACCCGAAGGAUGUGCCCUCUCCAACUCCCGUCACCCUCCCGCAAAGCCGACCCCAGCUGCAUGCCCCCUCUGCCCCUACCGGUCAAGCGAAGCCAUUGACUUCGGUCCUACAAAACGUAUAUCGCCCCGGAGACGUUACGUCUACCAUCUUUGAAGCCCUGGGCAUUCAUCUCAUUCCAGACGCCCCUCCCGCAGAUCUCAUUCCGGACACGGCUUACCUGCCAGACUUCGAGGGCUGGGACAAGCUCUCCCCAGAUGAAGCACGCGAGAAGAAUGCCGAGACUCGCAAAGUUCUGAAUAACGGUGUCCAGUCUCCCGGCUGUCAGACUUACCUAGACCGUAAGCGAGAGCUGUCACAUUGCAACGAGGAUGCCUUCCGAACGGUGAGACGUAUCCCCGCGCCCAAGGGUCAGCAGCAGGCCCGCCUUGGGAACUCGUACGAGUUCUUCAGAUGUCUCGAGGCCUUCACUACUUAUUGGGACGAUUCGUCCAAACCGAUUAAGCCUAUCGAAGAGACGGAGGAGGAUAAGCCCGUUGUCGAUGCGGACAAGUCGGAACGGGACAAUCCGCAGACCCCCAACCACUAUCGCGUCACCCGCACCUCAUCCGGUUCGGCGAUGCCUGGCGAGUAUCGCCAGAGUCUUUUGACGGCCUUCCUCAAGCUUGUGGCGUACGACUUUGGUUGCAAUGUCUCAGCUCCCCGAACCGAGCCCCGUCUGCACAUCACGGCCGCACCCGCGCCCUCCCCCUCGCAACCCUCAACGCCACAGGCUGGGCUUCCAGUCCCGAGAACUUCCUAUUUCGCUUCCGGAUGUACUUUUAUCUUCCGGACCCCGAGAACCCGUGACGCUGCUCGCCAGGGUGUGGUGGAGGGCCCCCUGGCAGCCGUCUCUGCCCGCGCAAGCACCUCAUUUGAAAACGAAAACGACCAGGCCAUUGACCUGGCUCGAGAACUGGUGGCUGCUCUUGUCACGGCACAGCACCGCGCGAGAGAGGGCAAAACCGAGAAGCGUUUCGGUGAAGGCGCUUGGUGGACUACAAAGCCUCGUUGGGGAGGUGGCUCCGGAGGUCCCAUAGGCCGUGAGGUUGAGAGAGAUGCAGUUCAGGGUGACAAGGACAACACCGACGCCGAGACGGGCCAGCCCGCCAGCAAGCGACCGCGGAAAAACAUGUCCAUCUACGACAACUACCGUAUGGUCCGCCCGCCCUCGGCCAGCUGGGACCGCAAGACCCGCUAUGAGGCCAUUGGUAAGGUAAAAGGAGCUGGCUACGACGACGUCUAUGUCAUUAGCUCCUUGUUCCAUCAUAUCAGUGUACUGCGCGUGCGUGUGCCGGAGCGUCUUCUAGAGGUGCUCGAAGGCGCGGGGGAGGAUGACGUCCACCGCAGUUGGGGCCAGGUCGAGGUGCGCCGCAGUCCUUGGUACGACUUCUUCGUCCUUGAGCAGCGCCUCGAGGCCAUGAAGCUGGUGUGGUCUUUGAUGACCUGGCUCAUGAGAAAGGAGGAGACACCGGCCGAGAAAUCGGAGGACGUCAAGAUGGCUGAUGCAUGAAGCAUUUUUGACUAGCGAAUAUCCCUUGGGACAAAUAAUUAACUUUCUGGGUACGGCAGACUGGAUACAUACGGCUGCUGUUAUCAAUAUAACAUUCAAAUACAACUCAUUCGCCC